GGGAUCAAUCGGGAUCCAUCGGGUUUGAUCAGAAUCCAUUGGGAUCCAUCGGGAUCAAUCAGGAUUCAUCAGAAUCCAUCGGGAUCCAUUGUGAUCAAUCGGGAUCUAUCAGAAUCCAUCGGGAUCUAUCGGGAUCUAUCGGGAUCCAUCGUCUCCGCCAUGCCGCGCGCGUUCCUGGUGAAGAAGCCGGUGGUGGCCACGGCCAAGCGCAACUGGAGCGAGCUCCCGGACGAGCAGCGGGCCGAGAUCUACGUGCCCAUCUGUUUGGGGGGCUGCCCCCUGCGCAGGGACCCCGAGCCGGCCGUGGGGGAGGCCCCCGCGUCCCCCGUGUCCCCCCUGGACAUGACGCUGCCCCCCCGCGCCCCCCCCGGCCCCUUCCUGCACCCCAAGGGAAAGGUCCCAUCCGGGCCUUUGGGCGCCCCCCUGCCCCCGGGGCUGCCCCUGGCCGGGGGGGUCCCCGUGGGGGUCCCGGUGGCCGGGGGGGUCCCGGGGGGCUCCGAGCUCUUCUCGUGCCCCGUGUGCCACAAGAGCUUCGGGUUCCAGCGGAUGCUGAACCGGCACCUCAAGUGCCACAGCGAGGUCAAGCGGCACCGCUGCCCCUACUGCGGGAAGGGCUUCAACGACACCUUCGACCUCAAGCGCCACGUGCGCACCCACACCGGUGUCCGUCCCUACAAGUGCUCGCUCUGUGACAAGGCCUUCACGCAGCGCUGCUCUCUGGAGUCGCACCUGCGCAAGAUCCACGGCGUGGCGCAGCGCUACGGCUACAAGGAGCGCCGGGCCAAGCUCUACGUGUGCGAGGAGUGCGGCGGCACCGCCGACAGCCAGGACGCGCACCUGGCGCACCUGCGGCAGCGCCACCCCCACAGCCCCCUCCUGGCCAAGCUGGCCCGCAAGGCCGCGGCCACGCCCGCGCCACGCCCGGCCCCGCCCCGCGCCGCCCCGCCCCCCUAG